CGGGAGGCUGUCCCAUCCCAUCCAGCACUGCUCAGAGUUGCUCCUGCAGGGCUUCCCAAGGAGCACCAGGUGCCCGCUCGCGUCCUGUGGCAAUGCCGCCCCACAGCGAUGCAGGGCCAGUCGCCGGCCCCCCGGAUGGUGGCUGGGGCUGGGUGGUGGUCUUCGGGGCUUUCAUUUCUAUCGGCUUUGCAUACGCCUUCCCCAAAGGCAUAGCCAUCUUCUACAAAGAAAUCCAGGAUUUCUUUGGCACGUCCUAUAGCGAGAUCGCGUGGGUCUCCUCCAUCAUGCUGGCCACGACGUAUGGUGCAGGUCCCAUUAGCAGCAUUUUAGUGAACCGCUAUGGCAGCCGACCCGUGGUUAUCCUCGGAGGCCUGCUGUGUGGCAUUGGGAUGGUCUCAGCUGCCUUCUGCACCAGCAUCGUGCAGCUCUACAUCUGCGUGGGCUUCAUUACAGGACUGGGACUCGCUCUCAACCUUCAGCCAUCAGUGAUAAUCAUAGGGAGAUACUUUUUGAAGAGAAGACCUAUUGCCAAUGGCCUUGCUAUGGCAGGGAGCCCUGUCAUGCUUUGCACCUUGGCUCCUCUCAACCAGUUUCUUUUUGACAACUAUGGCUGGAGGGGCAGCUUUUUAAUUCUUGGGGCAAUUUUAUUACACUGCUGUGUUGCUGGAGCCCUCUUCAGACCCAUCAGUGCAGACAAAGUCUCAGUCAAAACCCAGUCAAUUGAGGAAGGGAAGGAGAUCCUGAAAGAAGUCACUAAGGAUGCCAUAGAUAUGAAUAGUCCCACUAACAUCCAUACAGAGACCAAAACAGAAGAGGAGGAAGAAAGGGACUGUUGUGAAAAAGUCAAUAAGUACCUUGAUUUUUCCCUCUUUAAGCACAGAGGGUUCUUGAUUUACCUGAUUGGAAAUGUGCUCAUGUUCCUGGGCUUCUUUGCUCCCAUUGUUUUUCUGGCACCCUAUGCAAAGCACAUUGGCAUCGAUGAAUAUUCAGCUGCUUUCCUCCUUUCAAUUCUUGCUAUUGUGGAUAUGGUUGCCAGGCCGAUCACUGGCAUCAUUGCAAACAGCAAGUGGGUGAGGCCACGGAUUCAAUACUUCUUCAGCUUCUCCAUUGCUUUCAAUGGCACUUGCCAUCUUCUGUGCCCACUGGCUUCUGGCUACACGGGGCUUGUCAUUUACUCUGUCUUUUUUGGCUUGGCCUUCGGCAUGGUCUGUGCCAUGCUUUUUGAAACUCUCAUGGACCUCGUGGGAGCUUCCCGCUUCACAAGCGCUGUUGGCUUGGUCACCAUAGCGGAGUGCUGCACGAUAUUGCUGGGACCACCCAUUGGAGGAACACUUAUCGAUACUUUUGGGGACUAUAAAUAUAUGUUCAUUAAAUGUGGGGCUGUGAUGGUCCUGGCAGGAACGUUCCUGUUCAUCAUGAACUACUAUAAUUACCGUAUGCUUGCCAAGGAGGAGAAGAAAAGAAAGGCAAAAGAAGAGGAUACUAAGCCUGUAAGGACAGAAAAUGAAGGCAGAAAUAACUGGAACAAAGAACAUGUACAGGAUGGACCUGAGUUGGAACCUCUAAGAGAGGAACAAGAAGGACUAAAGAAAGAAGCAAAUGGCACAAAUGAAGUUUAAACCUGUUCUCGUGGCUGGACAGGAAAUUGCCUCCAUGUUGCUUAUGUUGGCACUAGCUGUGAAAUCACACCAGAUUUUCUAAAUUUUGCCCUGUACUUUGCCAUGUGUUUUCUUUGUCUUAAGAGAAGACUAGAACAGAAACGAAUUUAGUUUCUUAUAAAGUGCUGGGACACACAGAGCAGUAUCCAUCCAUGUACCAAAGGAUCUGAACCAUUUUUCUUCAGACAUUUCCCAUUUUCCAGAGGGCCUGUAGCCACUACCCUACUAUUAUUCCCAGUUCUAUAGCUCUGUUUGGUGAAAAGGGCAAUGACCAGCAGGGUCAAUGCUGAGCCCUUCCACCAGCUUCCAUGGGCUUUGCAUUGAGCACUGCGGUGGCUGGAUCUCCUCACCAGGCUGUCCAAACACUUUGACUUUUUGAUUGCGUCAUCAGAAUUAUCCCAGGAAUUUGGUACCACCUCUAUCUCAUGGAAAAAGAAAAUAGACCAGAUGCUCAUCUUAAAUACACAAGCUAGAGCCAACUGAACACACAAGGGCAGUACGUGCCUGUGCUAGCAGCAAAGCAGCCUGUCCCUGUGGCCACAGCAUGCUUGGAAGGAGCUGACUCAGAGUGGCUCAUGGUAGCUUGACCAUGGACUUUAUCAGGGACCUCUGCAUUUAGCAAAAUGGCAUUUUUCAGGGGGAAUACAUCAAGCUAAUAUACUGCAGGAGUCCUUAUUCCAGGUCAUUUGUCUGUGCAGGGCAGAAACUUAGUCUUAAACUACUUAAACUUUGUUCAAGUUUUUUUUUUUUCCCCCCUAUGAGAUCACAUAUUACCAAUAUCUAAGUGCCUUACAGUUUUUAGCUUUUUACAACACCCUGGUGAAGCAAUAAUUACAACUAGUUAAUUGUACAACUGAAAUGGGCAUCAAGUCAGUGAAUAAAGCUUAGAUAUGCUAUAGCUGAAAUGGGAUCCAUUGCCCUGAGUGAGGAGCCUUGGCCAUAUACAGAAGAAAGCAAUCAGCAGCUGAGGAAGGGAGCUGACAGCCUGCCAGCUGAGCACAGGCAUCCUACUGCUGGAAAAUAGAAAAUACCAGCAAGUGGGCAUUAAACCACUGCCUGCCUCCUUUGUGCAUUGUUCUAUUUAAGCUUAAUGAUUUAAAACACUGUCCUAGAGAUGGAACUUCGUGCAUUCAGCCUGGAGGGAAUCUGAACACCUCCUCCCAGCUACUCACCAUCCCAUUGCUGGUGCUGCAAUAUACCUGGUGGCCUCAUGCUAUCCUGCUGCAGGAAAUACUGCUUCCCUAGGUCAAUGUUGCAGAAGUGGAGCUAAGGCCAUGUAGGAAUCUCUCCUCUGCUGGUGAUAAUGUUGAUCUGGGGUCUGACAGCAAGCACUGUUAUAUUUUGUAAUAAGCAGCCAUUGCCUGAGAGCUGUGGAUACUGAGCAUGGCAUCCUGUAGUUGAAUCAUAAGUCUUUUCAAGUUGAGCUCCAAAUGGACAGAUAAAAACCAAGACUUUGGAGGUAGAAAACCCAAACCUGAAGGUAUCAGCUGUCCACAGGGCAGCUAUCACCUUUCUUUGCAUCAGUGGAACCCGUAUGUGAUCAAAUAAAGUUGUCUUUUUCUUUUUUUUUCCCCAUGUCUUUAUCACCCGAGAACUGUAUUUAAUUAUCACUUACAUACAUGCUAUGAAGAAUGAUUUGUAAAAAUCUUGCCACAGAUACACUGUCCUCUUAAAUGUGGAUCACUCAUGUCUCAUAGAAAAGUUCUACAAUGAAAUCUUUUGUUUCACUGAAGAAUAAUGGUCUUUAUCUAUUGACAGCAGUAGGACUUGAAUUUAUUUCUUAUAUUGCAUUUCUUGGGGGGGAAAA